AUAACUGCUUUUACCUGUCAACAGCUAUUAAUUUGGGAGUUUGAGAUUUUUCGUAGUGUCAAAUUUUGUUGUUUUUAUAUUUUUCAGAAUCAUCAGAAACUCUGAUACCGUUUAAUUUGUAAAAAUGGAAGUCAAAGAAUGCAAUGACUUAACAGAGGAAAAUCAAUUUAUUGUGGAUGAUGUGAGUAAAAUUAUUAAAGAAGCGAUUGAGAAUUCUAUAGGGGGUAAUGCAUAUCAACAUAAUAAGGUAAACCAAUGGACAUCUGCUGUUGUGGAAUCGUGUUUGGGACAACUUACGAAAUUGCAAAAGCCUUAUAAGUAUAUAGUGACAUGCACAAUAAUGCAGAAGAAUGGCGCCGGGUUACAUACAGCCUCUUCCUGUUUUUGGGACAACAAUACUGACGGAUCCUGCACCGUCCGCUGGGAGAAUAAGACCAUGUACUGCAUUGUCUCCGUAUUUGGAUUAGGCAUUUGAUUUAAAUAUAACAGCCUCUUACAAUUAUGAAUAAAAAAAAAAAAUAAGUCAACUGCACGUAAUGAUCAAAUUGAUAUGUUUAAAUAGCCUCUCAGAAUUGCUUAUUAUAAAAAUAUAAUUAAUCAAUAUUAAAUAUGUAUAAUUUUUUCUUAACACCACAUAUAGUUUAUACUGUAGUAUUCAAAAAACUGUUCCGUAGAAAAUAUGUUUUCUAUGCUUAUAUUGUGAAGAUUAAAUUAUUUAUUGGUAGUAUCUUUGUUUGUAACAAUGACAAUAUAUAUCAGUCUAACAGCUUAAAAUAAAGUAUAAUAGUCAUUACUUAAUUUUAGGUAGGUAGGAUAUAUUUUCGUACACAAUAAAUAUAAUUACACAAAAUUC